UUCUCUCGCCCAGGCAACGUCAGUUGUUGUCUGGCCGCCAUUGAAACCGAAUCGAACUGAAACGUGUUGAAACAAAAUCGCAUCCGAGUAAAACCAACAAAAAAUCAUGUCUACACUGGCUGAAUUGUGCUCCGACUUGCUUUUAGAUCCACUGCCUCCGGCCCGGAAGCGAAAUCCAGCCGUUCCGCACGCUCCUGUUCGCAAUCAUCGACUCAACCCGACGGAACAGAAGUUGGCCGUUCGCAAUGCCUUGCGCUACUUCCCUCCGGCCACUCACGUCCAACUGGCCAAGGAAUUUGCGGAUGAGCUGAGAGACUACGGUCACAUUUACAUGUACCGUUUCAUGCCAACCAUUUCGAUGAAAGCUUAUCCCAUCUCCGAGUAUCCGAGCCGGACCAAGACGGCCGCCGCUAUUAUGCAUAUGAUUAUGAACAACCUGGACCCCCGUGUCGCCCAGUUUCCCGAAGAAUUGGUUACAUACGGAGGCAACGGCCAAGUUUUCUCCAAUUGGGUUCAAUUCCGGCUGGUGAUGCAUUAUCUGGCUGAAAUGACGGAUGAGCAGACGCUGGCCAUGUAUUCCGGACAUCCGCUCGGUCUAUUCCCUUCCACCCGCUCCGGCCCACGCGUCGUCAUCACCAACGGAAUGGUCAUCCCGAAUUAUUCGAGUCGCGAGCACUACGACAAAAUGUUUGCCCUCGGAGUCACAAUGUACGGCCAAAUGACGGCCGGCAGUUACGUCUACAUCGGGCCCCAAGGCAUCGUUCACGGGACCACAUUGACUGUCCUGAAUGCCGGCCGGAAAUAUCUUGGCCUCAACGAUCUUUCCGGCAAAGUAUUUCUCACAUCGGGACUUGGGGGAAUGAGCGGUGCCCAGGCCAAAGCGGCCACCAUUAGCGGAUGCAUCGGCAUCGUCGCCGAGGUCAGUUAUGACGCGAUAAAGAAGCGCUACGAUCAAGGCUGGGUGCUGGAAAUGAUCGACGAUGUGGAUCGACUGGUGGAACGCGUCAAAACUGCCCGUCUCAACAAAGAAGUCACGAGCAUCGGAUUUCACGGCAACGUCGUCCUCGUCUGGGAGAGACUGGCCGAAGAAUACGACAAGACGGGCGAGCUGCUGGUCGAGCUCGGAUCGGAUCAAACGUCUUGCCACGAUCCCUAUUCCGGCGGCUAUUAUCCUGUCGGAUUAUCUUAUCAAGAGUCGCAAGAUUUGCUGGCCAGUGACCCGCAACUCUUCCGCCAGCGCGUCCAGGACAGUCUGCGCCGCCAAAUUAAGGCCAUCAACGCGCUAGCCGAUCGCGGAAUGUUUUUCUGGGACUACGGCAACGCCUUUCUGCUGGAGGCUCAGCGAUGCGGGGCUGACGUCACCGCUGGAGACGAUCCUACCGGCCUGAAAUUCCGCUAUCCUUCCUACGUCCAAGACAUCAUGGGGGAUAUUUUCUCGUUGGGUUUCGGUCCCUUCCGCUGGAUUUGCACGUCGGGAUUGGAACAGGAUCUCGAAGUCACGGAUAGGAUCGCCCAAGAGGUGCUGGAGAGCAUCGUUCAAGAGGGCUUACCUGAUAACAUUGCCGUUCAGUAUCAGGAUAACAUCAAGUGGAUCAAAGAAGCCGGCAGGAACCGGUUGGUCGUUGGGUCGCAGGCCAGGAUCUUGUACGCGGACCAAAGGGCCCGGGUCACCAUUGCUCUAGCUUUCAACCAGGCUAUUCAGGAAGGGAAAGUGUCCGACUAUAUCGUGCUGAGUCGAGAUCAUCAUGACGUCAGCGGAACGGACAGUCCGUUUCGAGAGACGUCCAACAUCUACGAUGGAUCGGCCUUUACUGCAGACAUGGCCGUCCAGAAUUGCAUCGGCGACUCUUUCCGAGGUGCCACUUGGGUCUCCUUGCACAACGGCGGUGGCGUCGGUUGGGGUGAAGUGAUGAACGGCGGAUUUGGGCUUGUUCUUGACGGAUCGGACGAGGCUCACGAACGAGCCAAGAACAUGCUCAAUUGGGACGUAUCGAACGGAGUCGCUAGAAGGAGCUGGUCCGGAAAUGCGAACGCCAUCCAGGCUAUCCAGCGAGCCAUGGCGGCCGACCCUCGACUGAAAGUGACUCUACCCAACCCUGUCGAUGAGACAACCUUCUAAAAGCAAAAGGGGGAAAUCUUGUCGAAUCGGCGGAAAUUUCAAAACAUUCCAAUCAGCGUACAUUUCCGUUUAAUCAUUCCGUCUGAUACGAAAGCGGCGGCGUAUAACAUACAAAAGUAGUAGCAUUUUUUUUUCUCUCAAAAUAUGAAA